AUAAAAAGCGGUUCCGAUUCCGAAUCGGCCGCCACUCUUCACUCAACCACCGACUUCAUAAAUCCCGACGCAGCUUGGUUGUUGAACAUUCGAAGCGAACGUGAAACGCGCUCUUGUCAUCUUGUUUAUUGGCAGAGAAGUCAAGAUGAAAUUACUUCUACUGUCAGUUAUUUUAUUUGCCGUUCCAUCGCAACAACAAGAGGAUGGCAAAAAACCUGAGUCGGUCGAUCCAAACAUUGUCGUUUCUUCAGUUCAAGUCAGCACGCCAGUUCUAUUUGUCAGGAAGAAAGAUCCAGCUGCAGCAGCCAGCGACAGCAAGAAAGGUGACGAACCAACCAGGUCCGCUAGGGCCAUUGAUGAUCAAUUCCUCGCGCCUUCUAAUGAGUUCCAAGGGUAUCUUAGCCCCCAGGAGUUCAUCCGUGGUCUGCCUGUGCUGAACCACGACCAAGCUGAUAUUGGCCAAACUCCUUUCAAGCCCGACUACUUUUAUGCAGGACUUUUAUCUCUGGCGCCCACCACCAACACUCGUCCAGUUUGCCAAUUGACGCCUGCACCCUGUGACCCGAACUCUCGAUACCGUACCUACGACGGCUCGUGCAACAAUCUGCGAAAUCCAACUUGGGGAAUGACUGGCUCGGCGUUCACUAGACUGCUGCCACCAAAAUAUGCCGAUGGAAUUUCUGUGCCAGUUGAAGAAGGACUGCCUUUGGCUCGCGUGCUCAGUUUCAAUCUGUUCCCUGACGUGAACCUCGUCGACCCUGUUUGGACCCUUAUUGCGAUGCAGUGGUCUCAGGUCAUGACACACGACAUGUCCAUGGCUGCGGGCUCCAGACAGCACAAGCCUAAGCCGAUUGAGUGUUGCGCUUCUGAUGGACACGACCUUGCCCGAAACUGGGCCGAGAAGGCUGGCUGCUAUCCUAUUAGGAUCCCCGCUGAUGACCCCUUUUAUGCUCAGCAUAAUCAACGGUGCAUGGACUUUAUGCGUUCAAGCAAUGAUAUCGCGACCGGUUGCAAUACGUUUGGACCAGCCAAUCAGAUGACCGCAGUCUCAAGCUACUUGGAUCUCUCCCUUGUGUACGGCACCGACACUGACACUGCCAAUUCCCUCCGCGAGUUCCGUAACGGGCGUCUGAUAUCGCAAACUCGAAACAGCCGCAUGUGGCUGCCUGAGAGCAACAAUCGUUCAGCGGACUGUGAAAAUGUUGAAGCGAAUGAGCCUUGCUAUCGAUCAGGGGACGUGCGUGUUAACCAAAAUCCCGGUCAAGCCCUGGUGCAGACUCUGCUGUUGCGAGAACAUAAUCGCCUGGCAGCAGCCUUGCAGCAACUGAAUCCGUCCUGGAACGAUGAAACUAUUUUCCAGGAGGCUAGAAGAAUUGCGGUGGCUGAAUUCCAGCACAUUUCCUAUUACGAAUGGCUGCCGAUUCUCCUCGGAUACCAGAACACCGUGCAGCUUGGUCUUAUUCAAGAAGCCACUGGCUACAGCCACGACUAUGACGAGCAAGUGGACGCGACAGCCAUCAACGAUCACGCGGCUGGAGCAUUCAGACAUCUCCACACACUCAUCACCGGUGAAAUACUAGAGGUUGACCCGCUCCGCAGAGCUGUGGACGCGAUUAGGUUGAGCGACUACUUUAACCGACCAGUGAUCAUUGAAAGGGGCACCAACUUGGACCACUUUGUCCGAGGUCUCGCGACUCAGCCCCAACACGCACCUGAUCGUUUCUUCACCUCAGAGAUCACGAAAUUCAUGUUCCGCGCCAACAAGUCUUUUGGACUAGAUCUCCGCAGUAUUGAUAUUCAGAGAGGCAGAGAUCACGGACUACCAAGCUACAAUGAAUACAGAGCCCUUUGUGGUCUUCCCAAGGCCCACGAAUUUGCUGACUUUUCUGACGUCAUGGAUCCAGAGUCUGCCAACGCACUUGCUCACUUGUACAAUUCUCCUGACGACGUGGACAUGCUGGUCGGAGGUGGUUUGGAGCACAACUUGCCCGGCGCUCUAUCAGGCCACACGUUCACAUGCAUUAUGGCUGAACAGUUCCGGCGCACCAGACGAGGCGACAGAUUUUGGUUCGAAUUUGAAGGACAGCCUUCAUCGUUUACCCCAGAACAACUUGGUGAGAUCCGCAAGUCAAGUCUCGCUCGCUUCUUCUGUGAUAAUGCCGAUCAGGUCACUGAAAUGCAACACUAUGCGUUCAAGAAACCCUCAAAAACCAAUCCGGUUAUUCCUUGCGACGAGCUACCGUUUGUAGACUUACGCUAUUGGCAGGAAGAGCAGCCAAUCAUUCCGACAAAACCUGAUGCGUAUGGGUAUUUCAAUCAUUUGCAGGGUUUCUUUGGGAAAAAAUGAUUAUUUUUUGCUAAUUUUCAUCAAGCUCUAAUCAUCGCCAUAAUAACAAAUCGUAUUUAAAAAUUCAUUUUCAUCAUCAACAUUAUCAUCUGCGUGCUGAAAUCGUAGGAAUAAAAAUGAAUGAAUGAAAUAAAAUCUAACUCAAA